AUGGACAAUGAAAUGAAAAGCUUGGUUCAUAAUAAUGCGAAUGUGUACGGCGGCUCAACAUCGAAUCAAAAUAAUAGACCUCAUCGUGUCGUAGCUUUGGAUAUUUUUCGUGGAUUAUUAAUGGUCUUGCAAUCCUUAGAUCAUGCAAGAGGAAUUUUAGUGAAUAUAAAAGGUCAACAGGCGCACGAAACUUGGUAUCAACAGCCCGUAUUUGAAGAGUUAGUUCCAUCAAUAACAAGAUUGGUGACUCAUUUGGCGGCACCGGGAUUUACCUUUCUUAUGGGAUUUGGUAUAAUUUUAUUUUCGAAAUCUCGUAUAAGAGUUGGAUGGAAUGUAGAUCAAUUAUUAUACCAUUAUCUCAUAAGAGGUUUCAUUUUGAUUAUAUUAAAUUCCUAUUUUUACUACCUUCUUGCAUUUAAAUAUCCUACAACGGUAUUAUUUGCGUUAGGGGUGAAUUUAAUAUUUGGAGGAUUAAUAAUUUUGGCAGAAAUGAAGUUAUUUCUCUUCUUUAUAAAAUUUUAUCAAACAGCUGAUCUGGAGAUUGCGAUAAAUAAAGCAAAGUACGCGAGAAAUGUGUUCCUACUGAUAUUAGUAAGUUUAUUAGCCAUCGGAAAUGUCGUUCAAACUCCAAAAUCCACAGAUUAUGAAGUGGUGGAUUUUGGUUGGUGGAGAUACAUCUGGUUAUUGCCAGCAAUCAGAAUUCCUGGUAAAUUUGGAAAUAUAAAUCCGGAUCUACUUCCAUCACCACCACCAGGAACCUUGUUUGACAAUCCUUAUCUAACGUCCGUAUUACAAUUUGUGAAUGCGAUUAAAUAUCCCCCGGAUUUAUCAUUCAUUACAUUGUAUAUGGGAUUAAAUCAUUUAAUACUUGCAUUCUUUUAUGCAAUACCUUCAUUCAACUCAAAUUAUCUUAUAGUUGCUAUCAAUAAUGGUCCAUUAUUAGCUUUUGGUCAAAGUGCUUUAUUUUUUUACAUGGCACAUUUUCAUAUCUAUAUUUUCAUGUCUUUAACCAUGUUUGGAAUUACUAGUGAAUCAAAGUUUAACAUUGAUUCUUGGCAAUUUUGGUUUUGGUGGAUUUUUGGGUUAGCAUUAUUAUGGCCCAUGUGCGUUAAAUAUGCUAAAUUCAAAAGCAAUAAAGGCCCGAUUCGUUGUGGAGGUUCUUUUAAAUUCAAAAUUUGA